AUGGACAGAUACCUCCAUGCCAACUCCCACCAUCAUCCCGCCCAAAAGAAUUCGGUGAUUAACUCUUUAGUCCACAGAGCACUCUCCAUCUCGGAACCAGCUGCCCUGGACGGAGAACUAAACCACCUCCACCGAGCCCUGACAAGGAAUGGAUACAGUAGCAGAAACAUCAACCGUACAAUCCAUAAGCUGACAAACAAGGAACCCAGCCUUAACAACACUAGGACGCCAGAGGCAGAGAAAGAGAAAAAAAAGGCGGUGGUACUCCCGUACCUCCGAGGCACGACGGACCGCAUCAGAGUUUUGAGCAAGCAUAACAUAAGAGUGAUAUUCAAACCACACAACAAACUCUCUCAAAUGCUCCCCAAUCCCAAGGAUCGGAGACCCCAUUUGGCAGCCCCAGGAGUUUACAAAAUCCUAUGCGCUUACGGAAAAGUGUACAUAGGAGAAACCGGGAGGAAAGGAUAUCCUGGAACUCCUAAGUGUAAACGGAAUCGCUACGGAAACCAUAAUACAUACAGGGUGGUCUAA